UUUUUAACACGCCUCUCUCUGUCCUGUCAACAUAGACGGCUGUGUUUGCACCAUACUGUUCAUUCAGGCCAGUGGCCCCAGAGGAGCCUGCAAGAGCCCAGCAAUGCUGAAAGACCUUUAAGGGGUUGCAGACUUUUUACCUGCAGGGCAAGUGGAGGUUUGAUGUGGACGUGGGUUGUGUCUCUUUGAAAACCCUAGAGACUUCGCUCUGUUUUUGUUUGGCCGUCAGUUGUGGACUUCUGAACAGGAUAUUUGGAUUACAGCAAGAACCUGUGUGUACUGGGCUUUGUUCUGAUCUUUCUGCUCUUGGACGUGUGGACCCAAAGGGGAAAAGUCCACAAUGUCCAGUGAAGGUGAUGCUGGAGGUCAGCCUUCCACAACAACCAUCAGCACUGUGGCCGUACAAGCUGGAGACUCACAGAUUGUUGUAGCCAUACUCAAGUGUGGGGAGCUGGUGCAUAUACAGCUGACUGAGGCACAGCCUAACCUCCUGGAGAUUGGAAACAACCAAGAUGAGACCAAAAAGCUUCUGCAGGAACACGAGCAGCUCCUUGCCAAACUUAAGAAAAAUGAAGGAGGUGUGUGGGCUUUGCUGAAGGAGGCUGAUAAAACAGCGGCUCAGAAGGAAGGAGAGGAGCUGGUAUAUAAGGCCAUGGCGGUCUCUCUCAGCGAGGCUUGGACAACACUGGUGAACCACCUGGAGAAGAGGAGAUCACUGCUGGUUUUGGCAUGUCAUUUCUUUGAGUGUGCUUUGGAGUUUGCCAUCAGGAUAGAUGAAGCUGAAGACAUUCAGAGUGUUAGCCAGAAGUCUGCAGUCACAGACAACUUGAAUGAAUUGGUUCAGAGACACAGCGCUAUUAGAAGAGGGAUGUUGGAGAAGUCGAUGCUGGUGUUGAAUAAGAGUCGAGAGUUGCUGGAUUUUUUGAAGGACUUCCAGUCCCAGCAGGCCCUGCAGUAUGGCAAAGCUUCACAAGGCGCCUGGAGCAGCUUUGGAAAGGUUGAAGGUUUAAUGGAGAUUCUACAGGACAGACGCAGGCAAGUGGACCUCUGCAUGAGACAACAGCAGCGUGAGCUGGAAGCCAUCCACUGCAUUUGCCAAUGGGAGCAACAGGAACAGGAGGUAACACAAAAGUUUAAGGAAAACGCGUUGUUCUUGGAAAACAGUAAUCUGGGAUUCUCUUUGUCAGAAAACGAGAAGCUACUGCAAGAAUACAAAGAAAUUGAACAGAAAGCCAAGGACUGGGCUGUUCUGGUGGAGAAGUUACUAGAGCAGGCAUCAUAUCUGCUUUCCUCAAAUGAGUCCACACAACUUCAAUGCUUGUCAGAGAAGAGUGAAAAACUCAGAGCAUCACACCAGCAGUUCUGGAGCCUCAUGAUGAGUAGACAGGCUCAUCUGCAAGAGAGCAAUACUUUUUACAGCAGCGCUAAUAAAGCAUUUGAGGCGCUGGCCACUAUAGAGAGUGCUAUUAAGGAACUAAAGACUCAACCUCUGGCUUUACCUGAACUGGCCAAGAAACAUGAAGAAUUUUCAUGCAGAAUUAAAGACGCCUCUGCUGAGUCUCUUCAGAGAGGUCAUCUGUUACUCCAGAAGCUUGAACCACAGAGUGCACCAGCUGGAGGGCUGCAGAGGAUGCUGGGAUACAUCAAAGAGAGGAUGGAGGCUCUGAGUCGUGACUGUCAUGCGCACAGAGAGUUAACAGGCAGGCGACAGCAGCUGGUGGCCUCAGUUGAAGAACUGAUGGAGAAGAUCUCGGCUUGGAUAAAGAGCAGCAGCAGUGUCCUCUCCGCCAGCACAGAGCCCGGUUCAUCUCUAACUGAGGCUGAAGACGCUCUGAACAAGCAUGUUGAGCUGCUAUCACAGUCUCAGGACUUUAUGAAAGAAUCAGAGGCUAUAGCUGGUUUUCUAAGAGAACUGAAGAUGCUGAAAGCUACAGAGACACUUGACUUGUUGAACAAAGCUUCACUUCUGGCAGAGGAGAUGAAGACAUUGGUCAGAAACAUUUCAUCACAUGUGGAGAGCCUCAGACCCUAUGUGGACUUUCUCCACUGUGCAGAGGAGGUCGAGGAGCAGAUUAGUGCGCUUCAGGAAUGUUAUAAGAACAGACCAGAGGAAGAGGAGGAAAAUGAAGGGGCAGGUGCUUCCCUGAAGGAAAUGAUGGAUGCUGAGUGGCAGUCAUUGCUGCAGAGUUUUUUCACCAUGCAGGAUCUGGGGAACAACUUUAUUAACACCUCUAACAUGAUCAGUGGCAACCUGAAUCUAAAUGUUAAAGCAGCAGGGCAUGUUGUAGAAAAGCAUAUAGAGAUACUGACCAAGAAGAAAUGUGAACUAGCAGACUUGUGGACAUCCUGGCAACUUAAUUAUAGUCAGAUAAAAUCUGUGAAGAAGCAGUGGAAAAAAUUCAAGGAACAGCUUAAAAAGGUUCAUCAUGAUUUAAAGGCCAUGGAGGAUAUUUUUGCUCCGGCAUCAAAAAUUGAUUUGGGAGGUGAUCCUCAGUCUGUGUUUAAACUUCAGGAAAAAUUCACCUCUGUGAAGCCAGAAUUCCUGCAACUCAAUGCAGAGGUGGAAUUCCUGGUUAAGACAUCUGAGCUGCUCAGCUUGAAAGGAGUACCUGCGAAAGAGAAGAACGAGAAAGUCUCAGAGCUUCUGCUGCUGCAUCAGCGUAUCAGAGAUAAAAUUAGAGAGUAUGAAACUGUUCUCAGCAUGGCCAGCAAAUUUCAUCAGCUUUAUCAAGAGCUGGAGACAGUGUUGCAUGCGGAACCAGUGAGUGUGUUCAGUGACAGUAGCCAGGCCAGGGCACAGUUGACCCAGCACCAAGACAGGCAGAGACACAUCCGCCAUCUCUACAAGCUCGCUCUCUCACUGGGUGCAGAUCUCACCAGCAAUGUGCAGCAGUCGCGUGUGCUGGUGUUGACAGUAAAGCAGUUGCAGGAGAAACUGGUCAAGUUGGAUAAAGGAAGUACUGAUUGGAUCGUUAAGGCCAGCAAAUGUGAAGAGAGUUUGACGAGCAAUGUCCACUUCUGUCUUUAUAAGGAAGAGAUCAGUGAGCUGAGGGAGUCCUUUAAAGAUCUUAAAAAGAAGUUCAACAAUCUGAAAUUCAACUACAUGAAGAAAAACGAAAAGUCAAGAAACUUCAAGGCGGUAAAAAAUCAGAUCCAGCAAAUUGAGAUAUACAUUGAAAAGCUACAGCUUUUAAAGAAGAAGCUGCAGGCCUUCACUCUGAAAAUGUCCAGCAGCAGUGAGAGACAUUUAAUUGGCAACAGCCUCAGAGAGAUUGAGGAUGCCUUAAAUGAGCUGCAGAGACAGGUGGGCGACUUUGACAGGGCAGUGGAGGAGUACAAACAAAACCUGGACAUGAAUGUCAAGCUCCAGCAGGCUUUAGAGGAGUAUCAGUUCUGGUGCGACGAGGCAAGCUCCACAAUUGUGCGUGUGGGUAAAUAUUCCUCCCAGUGUAAGACUAAGGAAGCGGUCAGCUGUCUCUACAAACAGUUUGAAAAAUUUGUGUGGCCCACAAUCCCACAGCAAGAGGAGAGAAUUAGCCAGAUCACAGAGCUGGCAGUGCAGCUGCAUGGUGCUGAGGAAGGAAAGAAAUACAUGGAGAAAACAAUCAACAAGCACCAUGAAAUUGUUGAAUCAAUAAAAGAGCUGUCAAAUGGACUUCUUGACCUUGAAGCCAAACUUGAGUUGGAGACCUUGAAACAGCCUUUAACACCUGAAGACAACAAAAAACGAGACACUAUUGAUACGCCUGAACAAAAGGAGAGUGGACAUACCCCUGAGAUGACAGGUCCACACUGCACUAAAGAGAUGCCCGAUGGCAAGAGUCCAGAAACCAAGAAACCUCAACUCCGCAAAACACGGAGCCAAGAUCUGCCAGACAAACAUCAUACAGAGCAUCAGAAAGUGUUGUCAGAGACUAGAUCUUACACACAGGAAGCCUAUUCCAAGACCAGCAAAGUGGAGACCAUCACCAGCAAAUCUACCAUAGAGAAAAGAGAGGAAAUGCACACAUCUUUCUCUCACUCCCACACCAUUAAUGUGAGCCGUUCCCCUGUGCAGCGAGAGAAGAGGAGUCACUCUCUCAUGCUAACAAAGAGAGACUCGCAAGAAACUCCUCCACCACCACCACCUCCUCCUCCUCCUCCACGAGAUCCAGGUCUUUCUCGCCCCAGCAUCAUAAACAUACAGAAAGAGUUACAGAGUAUGGAAAAACCUUGCCCUGUUCAGAAGACCAGCUCUGAGGACAAGUAUCAGGCCUGUAAUAGAAAUCCCCCUUUACAUUCAUAUUCCAAGAUUUCUUCUGCUCAUCAUUCUGUAGAAGAAGACUUUUUACCACAUGGAACACCAGAGCCAGCAGCUACUUCAGGAAGUCUACACGAGGGUGACUUCCAUCCUGACCAUCUCACAGAGGAAUCAUUCUCCAAUGACGAAUACGAAUGCACUUCUCCAGAUGACAUCUCUCUGCCUCCUUUAUCCGAGACCCCAGAAUCCAACAUUAUCCAGUCCGAAAAUGACUUUGAUGAUGGUUAUUGUGUGAGCUCGCACAGCCAUCGCAUAAACCAAUAUAGCCACCAGUCCCAAUCCCAUCAUGGUGAAACCCUGCACCAGAGACAGCAGGAUUGGAUGUCAAGCCAGGCUGAAGGUUACCCAUCACCAACUGCUGUCAUGGGGACCAAAUUUAGAUCAGAAUCGUCCUCCUUUGUUCAAAGCCCUCUCACUGUCCCUGCUCCUAAUCUUGUUUCAAACACCAUCUCCACUAUUUUAAAGAACAAAUCUGCCAACCCACCGCCAUGCAGUGUCACUGAAACUCAUUACUCAGUGCAUGAGAGUCAUACCGAGACACAAAAGUGUGUGCAUGAUUCCAGUUUGGGUCAGUCCAACGCCGUUCGGGCCAAUAACACGCAUGCAACCCCCACCCCAUUAACAACAGAGUCAGAUCUCUGCAAGCCCACAGCCAUCCGAGAGGAAAUCAAGCGGGCGUCUUCCAAAAAGGUUAUGGGCAAACUAGAAAGCAACCCAGGCCCAAACUUCUCCAAACCUUUGUCUAAUGCCACAGUAAUGGAGGGCUCUCCGGUGACCCUGGAGGUGGAAGUCACUGGAUUCCCUGAGCCUACAUUAACCUGGUUCAAGAACGGACACAAACUGGCCAAUGAUGAGCAUAUAGAACUGUCCCAUAAAGAAGGCAAGCAUGCGUUGUUCAUUCACAGCUCUGCAGUGAGAGACUCUGGCCAAUAUGUGGUUACUGCCUCAAACUCAGCCGGCACAGUGUCGUCCAGCUCCAUGCUGCAGGUCAAAGGUUGUAGGAACAGUCCACACUUCCUCUCCAGAGUGGAUGGGCAAAAUGUACUGGUGGAAGAAGACCUCAGCUCACACUGUACUUAUCCUCAAGUGCUCUGCCUGAAAGAUUCUAAGGUUGCAGCAUGUGACAAAAGCCCAAGUCUGAAGCAAAAUUAUCCAUCACUUUCCUCCACAAGAUGUGUUGAUGUAUCAGAUAUUGGAGCCUCUAUCUGUCCAGUGAAUCUGGAGAAAGUUGAAAGUUCUAACAAGAAGCCAACAUAAAGACGACUGCUUAUGGAGCAUAUAAGAAGCAUCUGGAAACUCAUCAUCACUCCUGAAUCCUUGCAUUCACAGGCACAAGAAUAAAAAGUUCACAUAACCACAUUCUGAAUAAUAAUAAUAAUAAUGAUAAUAAUAAACAGGUAAAAGAACAGCAGCUUGAUUAUUGUUCAGUGCUUCUUGCUGAAAACUUACAAAGAUGAAAUUCCCUUAUGUGUAUAUAUACUGCAUGUAAUAAAUGGUGACAAAAGAAUAUUCAAAAGAUUUAAGCAUUAGCGUGCAAGUUUUUGGUGAUCUUUGUGAUUUUAUAGUUACCACUGUAUCACAUUUUGUCCUGAAAUUGUUGUCCAAUAAAAGUUAACACUUGCAGGCCCUA